AUGGCAAGUCUGAAGAAAAGUAACCUCUCUAUUGCUGAGUACUUUGUAAAGUUAAAGAAGCUUUCCGAUGAACUUGCCUCUGCCGGCCAUUCCUUAAGUAAUGUUGAUAUUGAAAGCUACUUGCUUGCCGGUCUUGGAUCCGAUUAUAAUCCUUUUGUUACAAUGGUUACUACUCGACUUGAUUCUCUUUCUCUUGAGGAACUUUACUGUCAUCUCCUCACCCAUGAGUCAUGUCUUACACACAACAAUCAGCCUUUCUCUCUCGCUGAUAUUACUGACCCUUCGGCGAAUGUGGCCACCCGGAAUUCUUCCACUCUGUUUCGUAGUCAUGGACAAGGUAACCGUGACACUACCUCCUCCUAUCGUUUUCGGGGGCGCGGAAGCAAUCGUGGACAUGGUGGUCGCUAUUCACAGACCUCCCAGUGGGUACCCAGGGUCUCAUACCCCUCCUCGUCCUGUUUGUCAAAUAUGUAA